UUUUUUUGAUCCCAUCUCUUUUUACAUAUUUAUUAAACUUUUUUUUAUUUUUAUUUUUUCAAUCUUUUUCCUUUCUUUUCUUUUUUUUUUAUAUAUAUAUCAAAUUAUAUAAUGUCAAACGAAGAAAUUGGAACAAAAAUAGAACAUACAUCUUCAGUAGAUGAUGUUGGCAAAUUGGAACAAUUGGAAGAGUAUUCAAGUGAACGUGAUAAAGAAAUAGAAAAAAAGAUUGUUAGAAAAUACGAUCUUCGUAUUCUUCCCAUCCUUUGUUUGUUAUAUCUUCUUAGUUAUUUGGAUCGUUCCAACAUUGGUAAUGCUAAACUAGGUGGUUUAGAAAAAGAUCUUUCUUUAACUUCACAACAAUAUCAAUGGUCUUUAUCUAUUUUUUACUUUGGUUAUGUUAUCUUUGACCUUCCUUCUAAUAUUGUCAUGAGACGCUGGCGUCCUUCUAUUUGGCUUGGUGCCCUCAUGUUUCUUUGGGGUGUUACUGCUGUAGCCAUGGCAGGUGUAAAAAACUUUGCUGAAUUAGCUACAGCAAGAAUCUUUCUUGGUGUAUUUGAAGCUGGGUUUUUCCCGGGAUCUAUCUAUUAUAUGUCCAUUUGGUAUACUCGUAAAGAAUAUGCUCGUCGUAUUGGUUUCUUUUGGUCUUUUAGUUCUUUGGCUGGUGCUUUUGGUGGUUUAAUUGCUUAUGGUAUUACGGAAAUCCCUACAAAUGUAUUACAAACUUGGCAAUUAUUGUUCUUGAUUGAAGGUUUACCAUCUGUUGCCUUGGCUUUAUUUGCUGCUUGGUAUCUUCCUAAUCAACCAGAAACUGCGAAAUUUUUGACAGAAGAAGAACGUCGUGUUGCUGUAGGUCGUUUAGCUAAAGAUGCUGGUGUUGCUAAUGAUCACUCUUGGUCUUGGGCGCAAGUCAACUCGGUAUUUACAGAUUGGAAAGCAUGGGCUUAUGCAUUUAUCUAUAUCUCAGGUACCAGUGCUUUACAAGGAGUGACUUUAUUCUUGCCUUCUAUUAUCUCGGAUAUGGGAUCUUGGACAAAGGCUCAAAGUCAAGCACUAACCACUCCUCCUUACUUUUUGGCAUUUAUUGCUACUGUGGCUAUCGGUUGGUCCUCUGAUCGCUUAUUUGAACGUGCCCUUCACAUGCUUGCCAUCAAUGCUCUCGGUCUUCUUGGUUUCUUUUUGAUGAUGUUUAUUGACCGUUCCAAUGUCGCCGUCCAUUAUUUUGCUGCUUGUCUGGCCACUAUCUCUGUUUAUGCAAAUGUUGCUGUCAAGGUUGCAUGGUUCAAUAACAAUUUUGCUGGUUUAACUCGUAGAGCUGUAGGUUCUGCUUUUAUCGUCUCUAUAGGAACCAUUGGAGGUGCCAUUGGAGGACAAAUUUAUUAUGAUCCUCCCGAGUACUUUUAUGGAAACUUGAUUGCUGUCUGUUUAGUAGGUGCUCAAACCGUACUAGUUAUCCUUGUUCGCUUGGUACUUGCUUAUGAAAACAAACGUCGUUCCAAAUUGACUGAAGAAAUGAAAGAAUAUGAAGUUCAUAAGUAUGGUGGUAUUGAACUCGCUGGUGAUAGACAUCCUGAUUUCAAGUACGUGUUGUAAUGGCUUAUAGUUUCUAGUUAUCAUCAUUUGAUUGGUUUUUUUUUUCUUUGUGAUUCGAUAUUUUAUGUACACUAUAAUAAAUUGUUUUUUUUUUUUUUUUUUUUU